AUGGAUUCUGGCUCCGAAAAUCGAGGUCUCGACCUUGAGAAGGAGUUGACAUGUUCUAUUUGCACAGAGGUUUUAUAUCAACCGUUGACAUUACUCGAUUGUUUACAUACCUUCUGCGGCUCUUGUCUUAAAGAAUGGUUUUCCUGGCAACUUGUCUCCGUAAAUAAUGCACAAACACCCAUUCCACCCGGUGGUACGCCAUAUACAUGCCCAUCAUGUCGCGCACCAGUUCGAGAUACGAAGCACAGUUCUACGAUAGCGACGUUACUGGAUAUGUUUUUGGCGCGAAGUCCAGAGAAAGGUAGAACAGCUGACGAGAAGGAGGAAAUUGCUGCGAAAUACAAAUCUGGGGAUGAAGUGUUACCGAAAUGGGAGCAGAGAGACAGAAGUUCAAGGGAUAGACGCCUGGAGGAUGAGGAUCGCAGGCUGAUGGAUGAAGUGAGAGAUUUAAGCUUGAGAGAAGUGGGAGUAGAAAGCUCGGAGGCAAGGAGGGAAAGAAGGAGACGAGAACGAGAUGGAGAAAGAUCGCAUAGUUCGAGACAUCAUUCGAGUCGUGAUCAGAGUAGGGACAAUAGGAAUACAGAUGAUACCGAUCGACGCCGGCGAAGGGAGGAGCAUCAUGAAAGAAGAAGAGCACGACAAGGAACCUCUGCGUUGAGGCCAGAACCCGACCGCAGCGACUCUGAAGGUCGACGAAGGGGAUAUAGUGAGACCGAAUCGAUAAGGAGACAUGAAGAAACUAGCCGGUCAGCGGCACGACAGAUCGAACAUCAAUCAUCUUUACGGUCACUAAUUAGCUCUUCUGACAUAGAUUCUAGAGAGAUGGAAGAAGAGAUUUUACGACAAAUUAGGGAGGAAGGAUUACUGGAUGGAAUUGAUCUUGAGAAUAUCGAUGUUAAUCAGGAGGAUCAGAUUAGUGAGAGAAUAGCAGAAGCUUUCAGGCGGCGACAAGAAGAGAGAUCGAGACCCGAUAUAUCUAGAAGAAGCGAGAGUGAUACGGCAGAUAGACGAAGACGGUCUCCUCGAGCUUCGCUCACGGAUUCUGGGAGAGAAACCUCUGGUGAUGAUGCUCCCAGAACUACAAGACGACGCAGAAAUCAAUCAUCCUCGCCAAGAUCGGGCAGUUUAAGUAAUGAACAAAGCAGGCCACCGCCGUCUAUAAGUGCCGUACACGCAAGCCACCUAGAUGUCGGUCUAAAUUCUGGGGGACGGAGACGACAGAGAACCUUAAGCGCACCACGAAGCUCAACAGCACCUGUACCGGUAAUUACGGCCGAAACAAGACCUGCCGCUCGGUCGCAGACGGAUUUGAGCACUAUACCUCGGACCUCUUCUGUGCAAACAUCACAGCCUUUUAGGGCCCACGCGAGGAGGAGCACUGACUCCAAUGUGCGACGAUUGAGUGAAUCAUCAAGUAGGGAACCACAACCACAAACAGGCUCUACUACAAGAACAUCUAAUAGUAAAGUAGUUGCAUCUCCCUCAGAAUCGACGCCGGGAACAUCAAGCAACAGCUUGCUAGAAAGAUCUCAUUCAGACGAUAUGCCUGAACUACCUGAUAUACCUGCUCCAUUGAGCAUUCGUGCUAAUGCCCCAGCCGAUAUUUUCGUUGCCUCUGCUGUUCCUGCAUCUGUUCCAUACAUGGAUGAAUCACUGAUUCCUGCACCACUUUCACCACAUACUCCUACUCAUCUAGCACUCUUCGAUAAAGCUGCUGCAUUAGCAAGUGGUACCAGACCAAGUUCUUCUCAUUCUGUGGGGUCUAGACCACGAACACAGCUUUAUCCUGAACCAUCAAUAUUAUGUAGAAGAUGUCAAAAAACUCAUAUUGAAUAUGAAGUGCAUUAUAAUUGCUCAGCUUGCUUGCGUGGCAAUUACAACAUCUGUCUCUCAUGCUAUCGCUCCGGUGCAGGAUGUCUGCAUUGGUUUGGAUUUGGCUAUUCGGCAUGGACAAAUUGGGAAAAUCAAAUGCAAGCCGGAAAAAUACCGCAAGGUGCAGAUAGGCCACAUAUGCUCACAGCAAAUCGCUACAUGGCACCUAAAAUGUCUGCUGGCGGCGCGGACGGUCGCAAGACUCUAACUACAGAAGAUCCUCAGAAACGUCUGCAAAGUGGUGCAUUCUGUGCAAGUUGCUUAGCAUGGACAAACGAAUGUUACUGGCGUUGCGAUAUUUGCAAUCAUGGUGAUUGGGGAUUUUGCAAUCUCUGCGUCAACCAAGGGAGAUCAUGUACACAUUCUCUUCUACCGCUGACCUAUAAACCAUCGGAAUCAUACACACCUCCCUUAUCUCCCAUGCAUGAUCAACAACUUCCACAAUCGGCAACUAUUCUACAGGGACCCGGCGUUGUAGACGUGGGUAACUUUAAACCUCUCACUUUCUCGACCAAUUGUGAUAUCUGUCGAUACCCCAUCCAACCCUCAUCCACUCGCUAUCACUGCUACUCAUGUACUAGCGCUGUCCCAGACACUCAACCUGGAGAUUACGAUAUUUGCACAACCUGCUACCCCAAACUCGUCACAUCCCGUCGCAUCAGUGUCGAAAAUGGUCACAAUGGGUGGCGACGUUGUUUACAAGGUCACCGUAUGGUAAUCGUAGGAUUUGAAGAUGACCGUGGGGGCCAACGUAGAGUAAUAGUUCAGGAUCUGGUUGGAGGUCACAGCCUUGAUAUCGAACCCAUGCUCUACCCCUCGCCUGAUCACACAGCACCCGAACUACAGAAAUGGAGCUGGAGUCAAGAUAAUGAUACUUUCGUUCGACUCGUCACCACGGAUCCAUCGAAGGUUGCGCCGACAUCAGUCUCUGGGCUAACGAUUGAAAGAUCGUUCCCACCUGAUGGCGGAAUCGGGAUGUCAAGUUUAGCAAUUUGGAGUUGGUGGCCUGCGGAAGGUGCGAGUGAUGAAUUGAUGUUUCCAAAGGGGGCAGAGGUAAGGGAGUGUAAGGAUGUCAAUGGAGAUUGGUUUUGGGGAUGCUAUAUGGGCGCUAAGGGAUUGUUUCCUGCGCCAUACGUGAGGGUCUUGGAAGAUGGAAUUGCUGGGGUAUAA